AUGGGAACCUCACAUAGAGUCCCAUCACCCUAUCAUCCUCAAGCAAAUAGACUUGUUGACCGGUUUAAUAGAACAAUAAAAAAUUCGUUACUUAAAAUUCAUCUAGAAAAUGUACUCAAGUGGCCAGAUGUAUUGCAAGGAGUUUUAUUUGCUUACCGAACUGUGCCUCAUACUUCUACAAAAUAUUCACCAUUUUAUGUUCUAUAUCAAAGAGAAGCUGUACUUCCAGUAGAUAUACAACAUAACUUAGAAGAAGAUAGUUGA